AUGGGGACAACUUGCGAGCAGCUGGAGGGAGAGCCACGUGGGCAGGCGAGUGAGCGGGUGGGCAGAGUGCAGAGUGGCAGCAGUGGCCUCAUCCCAUUUUUCACAUCUGCUGCUGCCAUCAUCUUCAGACUCUUCAGCCUAGAGCUCAACAUGGUGGUAGCAGCAGUGGAAUCCCUCGUGUCACGAGAAUCUUUGGCGUCCACAACGUUGAGCCUUUCAGAAAGCCAGUCAAUACAAAGUGUCAAACAAGAGUGGUUUCACGGUUAUAGAGUUUAUCCUUCUCUUCCCUCCAACUCGAGUUCACAAAAUAGCAGUCAGUUCGGUGAUGCCACAAAUGCUGCAUCGGGGAUAUCCAUGUCCAACAACUUUUCUACUUCAUUGCCAUCUUACUUGCUCAGUAUGGAAAACAACCAUCCACCUUAUUCUAGCCCUCACCAUUCCUCAGUCAGAUCUCAUUCCGCAAAAAAGAGAGCGCUGUCUCUGUCCCCUUUGUCUGAUGGCAUUGGGAUUGACUUCAAUACGAUCAUCCGCACCUCCCCUACUUCUCUAGUUGCCUAUAUAAAUGGUUCAAGAACAUCUCCGUGCAACAUCUCUCCUCAACCUGAAGUUUAUGGGCAUUUCUUAGGAAUAAAGGGAAGUUGCAUCCCUCAGACUUGCUCUAUACCAAAUCCUCAAAAAAGGCUUCUUAUGGCUAAUUGCAAUGCUACCCCUCCAGACUACAGUGAAAAUGGAAACGGUGAAUAUCAGCGCAUGCAACAGUUGGAGCAAAGCAAUCUGCAGCCGUUGAUCACAAAUAAUAUGAUGGUUCAACAAGGUACAUGUUUAGUAGAGAGCCAACCUAUGGGCUUUGUGAAGGGUGGACAUGGGGAUAUUUUUUCUGGAAAUGCAAAUGGUGUUCCCUCUGCUUCUUCACUGGCUCCCCCUGUGCUUCCUCCACAUGGUCCACCACCUCCCUAUCACGCACAUCAGCACGCGCUCAUCAGCCAUUCCCGUCCACUUUCCUUGCCUGCAUCUAUCCAGAACUGUUUUUUAGAUGAAGACAGUGAACUCGAAGAUUUCAGUGGCAAGCACUGCUGUCGUUGGAUAGACUGCAGUGCUUCCUACGAUCAGCAAGAAGAACUUGUGCGACAUAUAGAAAAAAUUCACAUUGACCAGAGGAAAGGGGAAGACUUCACUUGUUUCUGGGCUGGGUGCCCUCGAAGAUACAAAUCAUUUAACGCCCGUUACAAAUUGCUUAUCCAUAUGAGAGUGCAUUCUGGGGAGAAGCCAAACAAAUGUACGGAGCUUUUGUCUACGGAUCCCAGUGCAAGUCCAUUGGAAAAAGCAGCUGUAACAAUUUGA